UCCCAGAUUAGACGUGUGGCCAGAAUCAAAAUAAAGUCUCUGUGUGUCUCCCUGCAGCAGACGGCUGUUCAGAAACAAACCGUGUACACUCAUCAAAAACAACGCAGAGUCUCCUGGCACAAACAAGCUUCUGAGUUUCCUCUCUGGAUUAUUUCUGGUUCUGUGGACAGCUCUUGGACCGAACACAUGGCUUUAUUGAAAUCUGGCUGGCUCUGGAGACAGACCUCCAUUCUAAAACGCUGGAAGCUGAAUUGGUGUGACCUGUGGAUCGACGGGAGUCUAGUCUUCUACAAGACAGACAGCAGACGAGAAUUUGAGCACAGAGUGGGCAUUAAGACCAGCUGUGUGAGUGUCAAGUCUGGCCUGGAGUGUGCAGGUCUUUCUCCCCCAGAGAACCACUCAAGGGAGAACCUAGUACUGGUGCAGCUUAGAGACGGUUCCACUGUUAUCCUGUGUGCCAACAGUGAAGACGAGGCACUAGCAUGGAAAUUGACCAUUCAAGAGGCAAGACAGAACCCAUUCACGUAUGACCCAUACGAUGACUCCUAUCAGUCGAUCCCAAUGGAUCGCCACAACACCAUCUACCUCGCCCCUGGAUCAGGUACGCAUCACAUACUGAUCCAGAGAGAUCCAUACGAUGGCAUAGGAGAGCAGGUGGCUCUGGGGCUACUGGCGGGCAUGGCUGUGGGUGCUGCCAUGCGUUCCUACCUCUGGAUGCCCUUCUUAUUCUGCUGAUAAAGCCACUGAACUGGACCAGGGAUCUUGAGCACGGAGGCACAGCUGGGAAACACCCAGGCUGCAUAUACACUCACCUAAAGGAUUAUUUCUCAUUAAUACAAUUAUCUAAUCAACCAAUCACAUUGCAGUUGCUUCAGUGCAUUUAGGUGUGGUCCUGGU